GUCGCCUGGUUGCAGAUGAGCUGCUUGGUGGUGUGUGCAUUCGAACCAAGCAACUAAAAGGGACCACUGGUAUCAUAGUGUGCCCCUCUAUAGAUAGCUUUACACCUGGUGCAAUAAGUGCGGCAUUAGAAAUAGUGGAACCAUCAGAACUAUCAGAAUUACCUACGUAUCCUAUAAUU